UUGGCACGAGGCGCGCAUCGCGCCCGCCCAGGGAGUUCCUCUCGCAGUUUCGCUUGACUUUGCUCUGAAUCACUGUAGCGCGACACUAUCAUGUGCGCGAAGAUGAGUGUCCUCCAAGGUCGGCACUCCCCCAUGUGCACGAAGAUGAGUGUCCUCCAAGGAAUUAUGACCCUUCCGAGCAGCCCGUGUGAGAUAGACAACAUGAGCUUGUUUCAAGACCUCAAGUUGAAAAGGAGAAAGGUCGAUUCCCGAUGUAGUAGUGACGACUCCCCGGUAUCCCUCGGAUCAGCAGGCUCGCCGCAAGGGAACCAGCCGGCGGACGCACCUUCACCCAUAAACUUUCCUGCUCCAGGGGAGAGCAUGGCCGACACCUCAACCCUGUCGCCGGAAGCGAACAUGCCGAGCUCGCCGGGCUGCCCCGUGGUCAGAGUGACGAGCGAGUACCUGUUGGGUAGUCCGAGUCCGGGAACACCUCGCGGAGGAGACUCGCUUCGUGGAACUGGCGGUGAUGGCGGUGGAUGCGGCGGAAGAGGAAGCGGUCAGGAGGGUCGUGACGCGGCGUGCUCCGACCGUGCGUCGCCCGACUCGGUCUUCCCGGAUACGGCCGGUCCGAUAGUGAGCUUCAGGGUCGCCGAAGAGCAGCAACAACAGCAGCAGCAGCAGCAGCAGCAGCAGCACCAACAACAACAACAACAACAACAACAACAACAACAACAACAGCAGCAGCAGCAGCAGCAACACCAUCAACAAUCGCAGCAGCAACAGCAUCAGCAAUCGCAGCAGCAACAGCAUCAACGCUCUGGCACACCCGCACCCACGAGAUCGUCGCCUUACUCGCCGGUUCAGACAGUUUCUUCAACCCCGAUGACCCAGGAGGCUACCUCGAGGAGCGAAAGCCCGGAUAUCAAAGGCGAUCUGUCAUCCGUCCAGACCAAGGAGGAAUCUGACAAUUCGGUCUUCGAUGGAGGUGGAGGUGGCGGCGGAGGAGGAGGUGGUGGUGGCGGCAGCGGUGGCAGUGGCGGUCGUACGGAAACCUCCAGCCAGCCUAGUCACAGGAGCAGCCCGUCGUCUCAAUUUAACCCGAGCCAGAGCGUCAGUCCGGUUGGUACUGUCGGUUCGCACGGGCCCACACAGCAACAGCAAUCACCGCAGACCUCGCCGACGCCGCCGAGACCACGUGCGCCUUCGGUACCGCCGCAUUUGCUCGCCCACCAUCAAUUCUGGUCGCAGAACACCGGCGGUGUACAGGGUUUCGCCACGCAGAGGCUAUUCAACGGAGUUAUUAGCAGUGCCGUCAAUUACGGAGGCCAGAACAUCUCCACCAGUUCCGGUACCAGCUCCGGCUGUUCCAGCGUAACUACUGGCAGUACCACCACGGUGACUUCAGGCGAAGGCAUGAAACCACCGACGCAGAGAGCAACGCCGGCGCCACCGCGACCUCCGCCUUCGGUGCUGAUGGGCGAGAUCGGCGGCGUCCGCACGAUGAUAUGGUCGACGCCCCCUUUGGAACCGGCACCACCUUCGGCGGCGUCGUGGACAGCUACGGCGGCGGCGGCCGCCUCGUGUUCCUCGUCGGAAGAAGCGCAACUGCUGCUGAACCUGGGCCAAGAGUCCCGUGGUAAACCGCCCUCCUCCUCGUCCUCCUCCAGCGUGGUGUCGUACUCGUCCGCAGCCGGUCCGCCGCUCAACAUGGAGAGGCUGUGGGCCGGCGAUCUCACGCAGCUGCCGGCGGCGCAGCAAAUGCAAGCGUUGAAUCUCACAGCUUCCGGUUCCGCCGCGCAACCUUGGGUCAGCAACGGCGGCACCGUCAUCAAGUCCGAGGCUGCCUCGCAGUCGAUCUCGGUGGCUCCGCCGGCGCCUCCCAUGCCGCCCCAAGAACACGAAGAGGACGAGACGCCUAUGAUAUGCAUGAUCUGCGAGGACAAGGCGACCGGCUUGCAUUACGGCAUCAUCACCUGCGAAGGAUGCAAGGGCUUCUUCAAGAGAACCGUGCAGAACAGGCGGGUGUAUACGUGCGUGGCGGAGGGCGGCUGCGAGAUCACGAAGGCGCAAAGAAACAGGUGUCAGUACUGCAGGUUCAAGAAGUGCAUCGAACAGGGUAUGGUCCUGCAGGCGGUUCGGGAAGACCGAAUGCCCGGAGGAAGAAAUUCUGGUGCGGUGUACAAUCUCUACAAAGUGAAGUACAAGAAGCACAAGAAGACCAACAAAGCGGGCGGUGUCGGCAGCGGCCUGGGUAGCAGCGGUAACGUCGGUGGUGUAAACGGCUCGGGUUCCCUGAGUGGCGCCAAGAGCGCCAUGGGCACGACGAUGUUGGACAAGCACAUGGCCGCGGCCGCGGCCGCCCAUCACAGCCAGCAGCAGCAGCAACAACACGCCCAUCUGGCCAGCAGCUUCCUUCACCAUCACAAAAUCUCGUCGGGCGAUCCGCUUAGUUCGCCGCCCACCGCCAGCCACCCGAGCCAUCCGGCGCACUCGGGUCACCUCGUCAACGGGACAAUCCUGAAGACGGCGCUCACCAAUCCCUCCGAAGUGGUGCAUUUACGGCAACGGCUAGACAAUGCUGUAAGCAGUUCGAGGGAUCGAGUCUUUCCUAUGGAAGCAACCACGACUAUGAUCCAAACCCUUAUAGACUGCGACGAGUUCCAAGAUAUCGCCACGUUGAGGAACUUGGACGAGCUGCUGGACCAUAAUUCAGACUUAAGUGAAAAGCUGUGUCAGAUAGGAGACAGCAUAGUGUACAAGUUGGUGCAGUGGACCAAAAGGUUACCGUUUUACCUUGAGCUGCCGGUCGAAGUUCAUACGAGGCUGCUCACGCACAAGUGGCAUGAACUUCUUGUGCUGACCACCUCCGCCUACCAAGCAAUACACGGUGGUCAGCGUAGCGACCGUGUUGGCACUGACGGGACGAGUGCGGAUUUUAUGGACGAGGUAACGAUCAACAUGCGCACGUUGCAAAAUUGCCUGACCAGCAUGAUGGGUCGGACGAUAACCAUGGAACAGUUGCGGCAAGACGUAGGGCUUAUGGUGGAAAAAAUCACGUAUGUCACGUUAAUGUUCAGGCGGGUGAGGCUACGGAUGGAGGAAUAUGUCUGUCUAAAAGUAAUCACUAUGCUCUCACAAGACGUAAAAUCACGAGGAGGCACACUGGAAUUAGAACAAAUACAAGAAAGGUAUAUGAACUGUCUGCGAAGUUUUGUCGAACAUCACGCGCCUCAGCAGCCGAAUCGAUUUCACGAGCUUCUUCUCAGGUUACCUGAAGUACAGUCGGCGGCGGCUUUACUACUCGAGAGUAAAAUGUUCUACGUUCCUUUCCUAUUAAAUUCAGCAAUUCAAAGAUAGUAAAUACACAAGGUGACGAUAAACGAAGCCCCCCCCGAAUACCUAUAUACAUACUAUACAUAUAUAUUAUAAAUAUAUAUACACACAAAAAAGUAAAAAAAGAACCGAACAAACGAGCAAGAGAAACAGAAAGAAAAGAACUCAAGAGAGAAGACUCGAGCCGAAUUGGAGAAGGCUUUGUUUGUGUAUGUAUAAAAUAGAUAUAUAAAAGGUAUAUAUAUAUAUAUAUACAUAUAAAUAAUAUAAAUAAUAUAAAUGUGUGUUCGUUGCGUUGUACAAACGAAGGAAGGCAGAGAGAAAUAGAGAAAAAAAGAGGAAUCGAAUCGUUCGAGCGAAAAGAUACGAAAAGAACAGCUGACGAUAGAAAGUAAAACUACAUCGGGACAGCAAAAGAGGAAAGAAAGAAGAGAGAGUAGGAAUACGAUUCGGAUAAAAUAUUACGAAAAAGAGAAUGUAUAAGAGAGAGCGAGAGCGUGAGAAAGAGAGAGAGAGAGAGAGAGAGAGACAGAGAAAGGGAGAGGAAGAAAGCGCGCCACCUCGAGAUGGGCGAAUCAAUCGAGGAGGGGACUGAAACUUUUUUAUCGAAACUAAAAGACUAUAAUAAUAUAUUUCUGUACGCAAACGUACCGCGCAACUACGUCAUUGUGUGUUCACAUUGCAUAAUCCGAUCGAUAAAAUAAGACUCUCGUUACGUACCGCUCACCGUAGACCACCUACUACUCUACUACUACUACUUACUAUUACUACUACUGCUACUAUUACCGCAACUUUCUUACUAUUAUCGCUCUCGAAGCUAAAACAUAAAAAUACCAAGAAAAAAAAAACAAGGAAAGAAGCAGCAGCAGCAGACGCCACGAAACGACUGAUUGAAGGAUCAAUAAGUCCGGAUCGAUCGACUGACCGACCGAUGAUCGACGACGAGCAUUAUCGUCCCGGCUCGACUUGGAAUCGUAAAUCGAGCUUUGAUCGAACGUAUUAACACGCGUUCACAUCGCAUACACAUACAUACAUACAUACACACAUACGCGCGCGCGCGCGCGUGUACACGCUGGCAUACGUAAUUUUUAGACGCCUGUCACAAGCCUCGCCACCACGUGAUCUUCUCCUCGCAAAUCGUCGUUCGCCACCACGUGUGAAACGUUGCGCCUCGCGUAAACGAUGUGAUAUGCUACUGCAGUUAAAUUAAUCUUCAUCACACUCCAGAUUUCGUCGCACCCGUCGGAAGGACAGAAGUCCGUUGUGAAUUCUUCUGCUUAUCGAGAAGCAGUUCUUCGCGCUGAGUUCCUCAAUCGUUUCGGGCUUUUGAAAUCUACGAGACCCGGGAAUCGGGGAUUUCGCGCAAAGAACUCAAAGAGAAAGAGAAAAUUGAAAGAUUCGUCCGAUGAAACCCAACACGACCGCGAGAAGAGGAGCACAAGAAAACGAAACUUGUACGUAAGAAUUUUGAAUACUCGAUGUCCCGUCUGCGUCCUCUCUCACACACACACAAAAACACAUACACACACGAAUACGUACAUGUUUCUUAUAAAAGUAUAUACCACAAUGGGUGUUAACAUCGAGUCUUUACUACAUCGUCAUCGCCUUGUCGUCGUCGUCAUCAUCGUCGUCGUCAUCGUUACUGUCGUCGUCGCCGUCGUCGUCAUCAUUAUCAUCAUCGCUAUUGUCAACACGUACCAAACCAUGGUCCAACCGCGCAGAAGACUCUUAUUCUUAUUAUGGCAUCGGUUCUCGUUCAUUUGACAUCUGUGUGACGUGAUAUAUCUAUAACGCAUCUCAAUCGAUCUUGGACUUCAUUACUCGCGUCGUCAUCGCGCGCGUUCAACGCGGACGAUUCUCGAUCUUCCAGUCGCUAAUAUUAAGUCGCUAACACAUUGAAGAGACACUUACGAGAAGUUAAUUUUUGUUGUUUGUUGUUGAAAAAAAAAAAAAAAAAAAAAAACGUAGUUUCUCGAUGACACUUCUGGUGCAAUGAAAUUCUAGUCAUAAUUUACUUAUUGACUUUCUUUCGUUACUCGCAAAUGUUUCGACAAACAAUUUCGGUGUGACGCCAGUGUGAAGUGAUAAGCGAAAUUAAUGGGAAUAGACACGUAUACGGACACAAUAUUUUGAGAGAGAAGACAAAUUUUAUUUUGUAGUAUACGAUAAAAUUUUUUAGAUUCUCUUUUACUAUGUGUUUUUUUU